UAUAGCCUGAUGCAAACAAAAUGGAAGUUGACUGAAACAAGCGAUGAAAGGAAAGCUUACACGUGGAUGGGUCGACGCCAUUUACGGCAAAGAAAGUGAAGGGGUACCCUCCUUUCUCACGUUAUGAUUAAAUCACUAUUACACCUGCAUUCUGGAAGCUGUACAGUUCAACGCUCUAUUACCUAACUACGGCGGUUUAAACAAGAGGCCGAUUUCUUCCACAAACACAGAUCGGCAAUCAAUCGCCUAUGCUCUUUUCUUCGCAAGUCAGGGGCAUAUAUUUCACGAACGUGAUUGAAUCAAUUGCUUUAGUAGGGCAAAUGGUCGGUAGAUUGGGAAAAUUGGGUUGGCUUGAAUGUUCUCCCGGAUGAGAUCAGUUCUCAAUUGCUAGGUGAUUCAGUACCAGCCAUGAGGGAAAUACUGACGGUUCCUUGUAGAUAGGCAAUAAUUCCCAGUUGACUCAUAGUUUGGAAGGAAAGGAGUUCCUCUGUCCCUGAUGUGUGCUGUCACGCUGUGUGGUCAGCAAUGAUGGAAGCAAGAAUUUGGAGCAAUCUGCCUGAGGAUGUAAUAGAUAGAAUCCUUGCAAAGCUACCAGCAGAAUCCUUUCUUCGCCUUAGGUGCGUAUGCAAGAAAUGGAAUGCUCUUCUAUCAUCACGAAGCUUUCUUUCGCUUUGCAGCAAAAUAUCACACAGGCCAUGGUUAGUGAUGUUGAAGCGCCGGGACCACAGAAUUUGCAGGGCAUAUGAUAGCUUUCUCAGUAAGUGGCACACCAUAUCCCUCUCAUUUCUUCCUUAUCCAACAGCAGAAGUUGUUGGGGCUUCAGGUGGCUUAUUGUGCUUGAAAACCCAAUUCUGUCUUUCUGUUUGCAAUCCCCUAACAAAAAUGUGGAGAGAGUUUCCCUACCAUUCAUUUGAACGUAAUUGGAAUGCUGUUGCAUUGGUGGCUGGAGAAGGUCUUCAGGGCUACUACAUUUUAGUGGCAGGUACUUGUUUUGAUAGGAGGACAGAGAUCUAUGACUCUGUAAGUGAUACCUGGAAAAGAACAGAGGAUGUGCCGAUGCAAACAAAUCUGAGAUAUGACGCAACUUAUUGUGAUGGUAUGAUAUAUUUUAGCACAUCAGAGGCAUUUGGGGCUAUGGGGUAUGAUAUGAAAAGAGGGUCAUGGAGGAGGGUGGAAGCUACCUCACCCAUGCCCUUGCCGGACUCACUUGUAUGCAGUCGUCUGGUAAGUUGUAGCAGUCGGCUUUUUCUUGUUGGUGGAGUUGGAGAGAAUGGAAUAUCAAGGAGCAUCUGGGUGUGGGAGCUGAAUGAGCAGGGAACAGAAUGGAGGGAGGUCCAGAAGUUGCCAGAGAUGAUGUGCAAGAAAUUCCUUGCAAUUUCAUACCACAAUUAUGACCAAAUAUGCUGCGUAGGCCAUGAAGACUACAUCUGCCUUUCCUGUUUUACGUCACCUCAAGUUCUUGUUUACAAGUUGCCGCGCCGGACAUGGCAUUGGCUGCCUAGAUGUCAAUCUAUACCUGAUGAAGCAAGUUAUGGCUUCAAAUGGUUUUCUUUCACUCCCAGUUUGUAUGCGUUGGUCUAGUUUCUUUGCCUUGUUCUUGAUCAUGAAAUUUAAUGUAGUUUCAAGGUUGCAGAGUUGACCAUUACUCUCCUUGCAGCCUGAUUAUGCAUUGUUUUUUCCUUUUUUUAGCAUAUGAACACCAUCACAGCAGUAUUUAUCUAGAAAAUAUUUCAGAAUACAGUUAAGUUCAGCGGUUGUGGGAUUUUGAAUACAACUGAAUUAUUGAAGUA